AUGAGUUACAGAAGUAAAGAUAUCCCGCCUAGUAGAGGACAUGGCCAUGCUGGAAGAGGAAGAGGCCAUAGAGGCAGAGGCUCAAGAGGUUCGAGAGGGUCCUCCAGAGGUGGUUAUAAGAGUGGAGGCCACAGAGGCUCGACCAGAGGAGGGUACAGAGGCAAGAGCAGAGGAGGAACUAGAGGUAGAUAUUCAUCCAGAGGCGGAUAUUCUUCAAGAGGAGGCUACAAAUCUCAAGAAUAUUAUGGAUACUAUGAUUACUACGGGGACUAUUAUGGCCAAUACUAUGGAUACUAUGGGGAAGAAAGUAAGAGUACCCAUAAAGGAAGUUUUUAUAAAAAAAAUCAGUUUAACUACGCUAAGGAUAGAAAACACAGCCAUAAGCAAGAUGACCCUGAGACUAAGACUUUUGUCCACAAUAAAGGAAAGGUAGAAGAGACUCUGUAUAAGACUGGAAAAGGCAAGACUCUUAAGAUUAUGAUGGUGGCUGAGAAGCCAAGCAUUGCUAAAACAAUAGCAGGAAUUUUGAGUGGAGGAACAGCAAGAGAAGGCAAAGGAAUCAUCAAAUCAUGCAGUGUAUGGGAAUAUGAAGGUGACUUCAAAGGGUAUAAAGCAAAGUUUCAUAUUACCUCAGUAGCAGGACAUAUGUAUUCAAGAGAUUUCCCUGAAAAAGUGGAUACAUGGAGCUGCGAUCCAAAAUCUUUAUUUGAAGAAGAAACUAUUCAAACUCCAACAUCUAAAGCUCUCUGCAAACAUAUUCAAACUGUUGGAAAGGAUAUUGAUUUCCUUCUUCUCUGGCUUGAUUGUGAUAGAGAAGGUGAGAAUAUUUGUUUUGAAGUUAUUGAAAAUGUUAAGACUUCUCUUCCUUUCCCAAAAGAGAAUCAUAUAUUCAGAGCCAAAUUUUCGUCUCUCGCUAACAAAGAUAUUAAAGCUGCAUAUGAGGAAAUUAUUCACAUGCCAAAUGAGUAUGAAUCAAAAAGUGUAGAGGCAAGGCAGAUCAUUGAUCUUAAAAUUGGAAUUGCCUUCUCUGUUUUCCAGACCCUAAGACUAAGAGAAAAAUAUCCAAUGAUAGAAAAUGUAUCAAGAGUGAUCUCAUACGGCCCUUGCCAAUUCCCUACAUUAGGAUUCUGUAUCGAAAGAGCUGAGAGAAUCAAGAAGUUUGUUCCAGAACCAUACUGGUACCUUAACGCUACUAUUAAAAGUGAUUCUGCUGUAACUCCAAAUCUUUCUUUGAAAUGGAAAAGGAAGAAGCUUUUUGACCAAACUUCGGUGGAAAUUAUCCAAACAGAAAUCAGCUCUUGUACCACAGCUUGGUGCAACAGGAUAUCAGAGUAUACUGAAUCACAGAACAAACCCUUAGGCCUAAACACAGUGAAGCUCUUGAAGGUAGCCUCUUCAGGCUUUGGCUUGAGUUCUCAUGUUACCAUGAGGAUAGCAGAGCAUCUUUAUUUAAGCGGAUUCAUCACAUAUCCAAGAACUGAAAGUACAGCUUACAGUAGUAACUUUAACUUUAAUGAAGUACUUGAAGCUCAUAAGAGUCAUCCAGACUGGGGAUACUAUGCCAGUGGCUUACUUGAGGAAGGACAUGAAAAGCCAAGAGCAGGUGUGGAUGCAGGAGACCAUCCUCCAAUUACCCCUGUAAGAUGUGCUGACCAAUCUCAGUUGCAAGACCUCGAUUGGAAGAUCUACCAAUUUAUCACUCAAAAUUUCCUUGCAACAAUUUCAAAACCAGCUAAGUACAAAGUAGUCAAGGCUGAGUUCAUCAUCGGGCCAGAGUUCUUUGAACUAUCAGGAAAGCAAAUGGUCAGCAGUGGAUUCCUAGAGAUCACUCCAUGGCUGUCAAGCUCUCAGGAUGUAGAGCUCCCUGAUAUUCAACAAGGAGUUGAAUAUGAGAUCAACUCUAUCGAAAUCAAAGAGGGAAAGACCACUUCUCCUGGAUAUCUGACAGAGUCAGAUCUCAUCUCCUGUAUGGAAGCUAAUGAAAUCGGUACUGAUGCUUCUAUCCCAACCCACAUCAAGAACAUCAUCGACAGAGGUUAUGUCAAGGUAAACACUAAGAAAGGAAGAUCCUUGGUUCCCACUAAUCUUGGCAUGGCCCUUGGAAGAGCUUAUUGCGAGAUAGACUCAGAGCUGAUUCUUCCAAAGGUCAGAUCCUACAUUGAAAAAUCUUGUGAUGCCAUUGCAAAGGGCAAGGUUACCUUCAAAUCUGUUGUUGACCAUGUCCUCAAGACUUUUAAGCAGAAGUUUGAAUUCUACUCUGAACAAUUUGCUCUUGUUGACAAAAUCAUCAAGUCAGAUUUUGUCGAUAAAUAUGGUGAAGAGAGGAAGAAAGAUAAAGGAAAUAAAAAUCAAGCUGUCAAGGAUUAUAAGGAGAUCGGAUUCCCUCAAGAAAUGCGGAGUUAUGAGCACUGUAAGCUUUUUGAGGAAGUCAAGACCAUCACUGUUGAGAAGACAGCCCACCUACAUUGCAAUAUCUGUAAGAAUAAAGGAACGAUGAAGAAAAUCAAGCCUAAGAACAAGAGAGAUACUAGCAUUCAUCUUCGUUGUUCUCAAUGUAAAUACGAGUUUAGCUGCUUUAAAGACUGCAAUAAAUUUGAGAUUCUCAAAAAUGGCUGUGAAAACUGUAAUAGUUCUUUAGUCAGAGUAAACUACCCUGUGAAGGACUCUCCCUUCCCUAUGUCAGCCAAUCAGCACACAGGAUGUCUCUUCUGUGACGAGGUUUACAAGGAGAUUGUCGAAUACCCAGAAGCCUCUGAGAACAGUUCUAGUCAACCAGAGAAUAAGAAGGCAGAAGAUAAGCCUGCAGAUGCCGGUGGAAUCAUAAUCUCCAAAAAGAAGAAGAGAUAA